AUGUUAUAAAGAAUUAAAAUUGUUAGAUCCCUCAAUUAAACAUUGAGAUAUCGCUAUGAAUAGCUAUCAGCUGAGCUCUACUUUCUUAACUAGAGAGAUUCUUAUGGUGCUAAAACACCAAAGUCAGUCAAUCUCAAACCAUUGAAGGCAGCCAAUCAAGGCUAUCUUGCUAAUAAUCAUGAAAGUUCUGAUACAUGCUAUGUCACUGGAGUACCAUAUGGCUAAACCAAAGACAAAUUCAAGAAUUAUGAUCUCUUUAAUAGUCUUAAUACAUAGUACUCCAAAUUAUUUAACUUAGAAUGCAUCCAGAUCUUAUUGUAUUACAAUUAGACCCUUCGCCAUAUAUUGCUCGAUAAAGAUUCUUAGCUCACAAAUGUGCACUACAAAAUGUCGAAGGCUAUGAAUAGUAUGAUACUCCUUUGAUUGAUCCUCUUAAACCUCAUGCUUGGGAAGAAGCUGUAGUCAAUCUCGUUGUAUUAGACAUGCUUAAUGCCAAUAAAAAUAUGGAAGAAAUUGAUUGGUCUAAAGGUCUUAGUACAUAUUCUUAUUCCAAUAUUCAAUCUAAAGAAAUUCAAGAAGCCAAUAAAAAUCUAUUCAUACAAACUAUCGAUGAACACAUUAUCAAUCAUAGAUAUUCAGAAUAUUAUCUCAUAAAUCGUGUUCUUUAUACAGCACUUAUGGGUAAACACAAAGUUCUCUUAGCUGAUAUGCCUGAUCACCUACAUAAAUUAAAUCUAGGUGCCACCCUUGAAAUAUAAGAAGCUAGAGAUCUUUUUAAAUAUACUCUAUAAAAAACUAAAUAAAUGAAUGAUAUACCUAUCACUCUUAGAAAAGCUGCUUAUGAUUUCCUACCACAUGUAUUCUAAACACCUAAAGAUUUGUACCUUACUGCUAUGUUAAAGAGUGCUUUCGAAGGAUGUGAAACUAUUAAUGCAUAUGUUGGAAUCCCUCAUCUAGUACCCAUCAACAAUUAUUGGGUUGAAGCACCUCAAGGUAUUAAUUAUACUGAAGCCACUCGAAUCCCACCUAGAAGAAUUGGAGAAACAGAUGAAAAUUAAAUAGAAAAAAUGGCAUUACUUGAUGUUCUACUUGAAACACAUACCUGGGCCGAACCCUACUUAAGUAAUCCUUUCCCAUAUAUUGUUGAUGAUCUUACAUAAGUAUUAGUAUUUAUAUUAUUCAAAGGCUACUGCUGGAGAUUUGAAAGCCAUGAAAGAAUGUUUCUUAUAAUAUUAUCAAAAAUAUAGUGCAUAUAAAAAUGAAUUGCAAAAAGAACUACCUAACUUAAAAAAUCAUGAUAUGAAAUUUAUUGAAUAAAAUAGACAAGCAAUUCCUGAUAUGAAAUAUGAAAAAUCCAUUGAAAUCAAAGCGUUAACUAACAGAUAAUUACAAUAGAGAAAUGUAGAAAUUGUUUAAUGA